UGCAACCACCACCAACCAGUAACGCCGAUAGAUACACGACUCAGGCGAGACGCGGCCAUGGCCGAGGUAGUUCAAGACCAGUCCCGGCUUGCGAGCUGGCUGGAUCUACCGGAAAGUGUGCUAGUAGCGCAAGAUUUCUCCAAGCUGGUUGCAGCAUUGUCAGCCCGUUUGCACGAAUUUGAGCAGAUCAAGGCAUCUAAGGUGCUGCUCGAGGUCGAAGUGGAGCGUUUGCAAAGAGACGUAGAGCAGUGUGAUCGAGGCACAAUCGACGAAGUCAGACGGUCAAACGCGCAGGCCGAGGAUGCAGCAAGACAAGCACGCGCCGCUCAGACAGCCCUUCGCGAAUCGCAGGACAAAGUAGCGGCCCUUGAAGAGAAGGCAAAAUUGCGCGACUCGAUCAUCGAGGCUCGCGAGGCUGAUGUGGAGCGUCUUAACGACGAGAAACGUCAAGCUUUGCUGCUUGUGGACAGGCAGAGCAAGUCUCUCAGCAACGCGGAAGCAAGCUACGCUCAGCUAAAUAUCCGCUACACGGAAUUACGGACUUCUUUCUCGAAGCUGGAAGGGGAUCUAGGCGCAGCCAAGCUCACAGAGAGUGCGGCGACCUUCAAGUGCCUGUCGGUUGAGCAGGAGCUUUCGCUUGCUAAUAAGCGAGCCGAGUCACUCGUCGAGGAAGUGGAGGCCCGAACGAGAGAGUUUUCUCUGUAUCGACGUGAAAAGGGCGCCCUCAUCACCUCUUUGCAGUCGGCGGCCGAUGCAGCAACAAGCCGGGCAGCAAAUGCUGAGCGCAUGAGUACGACCAUGUCUGAGCGCUACAAUUCGCUCGAAGUCAAAGUAGAGGAGAGCUUGACCAAGAUUAGAGAGCUUCAAGAGGACCGCGCCACGCGAGAAGAGGAGUUCCGUGCAGAAGUAGCGGCACAAGCAAGACUUGCUGAACUUUGGGAACGCAGUGCGCAUGACGCGGAAGCGCGUGCUCAGGAAGUGGAGAGCACAGUUGUCCACCAUUUGUCUGACCGCUCCUCGGAAGUAGCUGGUUUACAAGACCGCCUAAAACACACAAGCAUUGAGCUUGAAGACCUUCAAAAACACAACGCUAGUAUGCUUGAAGAUUUGCAGAGGCUGCACACCGAAUUGGAUCUUGCAAAUGAACGUCUUCGCCACAUGCCGUCUUCCAAGACUGGUCUAGGCCUUCUUUCGCCGUCCGCUGAUGUUCUCAAUGAGGUUUCUAAAGCCGGUCUCAAUUUGACCGAUCUCUACACGCAGUUUCUGGCUGCGAAGCAAAACGUAGAGCACGAGCGGCGAAAGAACAAACAGCUGCAAGCCAACUUCGAUGCUCUGAUCGCAGAACUCGAGUCGCGUGCGCCCCAGAUCCAAGCUCAAAGGGAUGAGUACACUCAAUUGCAAAACGAAUUGUCUAGCAUGUCGGAAUCCUUGCGCGAAUUAAGCACAGAGAAGGAAAAUCUGAGUCGUCACAACAAAGUACUGGAAACUAUGGUGCGCGAUAGCAAGAGUGAAACAACGACCCUUGAGCUACUUGUUCUCGACCUUUCACGCCAGGUUCAGAAACUUCUAUUUGAGAUCGAGGAGAAAGGAUUUCGCGCUUCAGCUCUGACCCAAGAAGAACUUACUGCAAUCAACAAUCUUCUCAAUACACAAGAACGAGACUCAUCGGCGGUGCACUCCCUCAUCUCUGAGCGUCUCGUUCUUUUCAACAAUAUUGUCGAUCUUCAGCAGCAAAACCAACAGCUUCUCAAAGUUAUUCGACAGCUCGGCACUAAGAUGGAAGAGCAAGAGGAAUACACCAGAUCGCAGUUCGAAAACAUCGAGACGGCCUCGGUUGCUGAAGCACAACUUGUUAUCGUACAGCUUACAGAGAAGCUUCGUUCCAGUCAAUCAAGUCUUGAAGCUUGCGCGCAGGAGAAGGAAAUGUUGCAGCGCAUGGUUAGGGCUGGCGGCGAUGCUCGUCCGCCAACUGCUUUGCAGCUCACUGAAGGACCAGACAAUUCCGCGAACCUCCGGCGGGAGUUUGACAUCUAUCGACGGGAAGCUCUGGCGACGCACGAAACUCUCACUGAACAGCUCAAGAGUGCAGACGUGGAACGUAGCGAAUUGCAAAUUCAGGUGGCCCGCGCAAACGCCCAGCUUGACUUUGCGCGUGAGCGACAUGACCUCGUCCAAGGUACCGUGGACAUGCUGCGAAAGGAUGCUCAUGACAGUCGGGACAGGGCUGUUGCGCUGCAAGAUGUUCUUGCCAAGCAGGAGCUGGUCGCUCAAGAGCUUCGCGAGGAGAUGCAGGAUCUCAAAUCUAUGUCAGAAAGCUUGCAGUCGGAGAACCUCAAUUACCGUGCUGAAAAGAGCUUGUGGAAGAGCAUAGAGCAACGUCUAUCGUCGGAGCUCGACGAGCGCAAGUCUGAGAAUGUUCGACUUAUCGGGGUCGUGGCAACUUUGCAGGCCCUCCAAUCUGAGCGAGAACGUAUGGAAACCGACGGCCGUGCUCGCGUCUCCUCUCAACAAGAGUUUCUGCAAACGCAACUGGAACGCGUGCAGGUGGAGCUCAAGGAAGAAAGGGAGACGGUCAAGCGCCUCGCCUCUGUGCGUGACUACUCGAGUCAAGACGUACAAGAAAAGUCGAGCCAAUUGCAAUCACAGCUUGCUGACAUGCGUGAAGCUAUGGCGAAUACUGCCGCAGAAAAGCAGGCAUUGUAUGUGCGCGUGAGCGAAUUAGAAGCCAGGCUGGAAGCGGAGCAGCACAGCAGAGCACAUCUUACAUCUACAGCCUCAGGCGAUGCUGAGGCGCACGACUUGCUUCAGCAAAUCUCAGAAUUGAAAGCAGCUCUUGCAGUGGCUCAGAGCACCACUCGACAGUCCAACGAGGCGGCCGAACACUUCAAAGGCAUCGCUGCUGCUGCGGAGCAUUCACUGCAAGCUCUCAGCAAAUCUUUUGAGGAGUACAAGACCCACGUGGAAGGAGCGCAAUCUAAUCAAGAAGUACAAGUGCAAGCAGCGCAACAAAAAAUUUUAGACCUUACAAAGCAGCUCGCCGCGACCAAGGAAGAGCUCGGUGAAUUGAGCUCUAUAGAAGCUGCUAAGCGAGGUUCUCUUGAGGCAGAACUCUCGCACGUCCGUGUGCGUCUGGCUUCGCUCAGUGAGAUUGAAGAGAAGUACAACAUUGCCAGCGCAUGUUACCGCGACGAUCUUCGCGUACAGGCUGAGAUUGCACAAGAUGCGCAACAAAAUUAUGAGAAUGAGUUGGUCAAGCAUGCCGAGGCAGCUCAAGCUUUACGAGCUGUGCGCGACUCGCAUCGUUCCCUCCAUGAUGAGAUUGCGUCGCUUCGCCAGACGGUGGAUUCCGCAGACCAAAAUCUUGAAGCAGAGAGGCGUGCUUGGGGUUCGCAGCGAGAUCUAUAUCAACGUGAGAUUGUGGAUCUCAAAAAUCGUCUUCAGGAAUUGCAAGCGCAAAACGAACUUCUACACGAGCAAUACCAAUCGAGCAGCAUUAUUCAAAGCACACGAGAUGGCUCUCGAGCCACUGGCACCGAGGAGCACCUUGAUUCGAACACCCCAGUCCUUAUCAAGUACCUGCGCCGUGAGAAAGAGGUUGCAGAAAAUAAACUCGAGCUCUUGCAAAUUGAGAACAAGCGCUCGUUGCAGCAAUUGUCAAGAUUGGCAAAGUCGAAGGAUGAUUUGGAGAAGCAGCUUGCGAUUGAGAGAGAACGCAGCCUUGGCGCGCCAGCUCAGCUAGGCCACUCGGCAACUGAAUCAAAUAUCCUGCGUGAGAGCAACACCACGCUUCGCGCAGAGACAGAGUCGUUGAGAUCCAAGCUGGUGGCGUGCGAAAACAAGCUUACCAGUACCUUGGCACAAAUCGAGCCAUUGCAAGAGCGUUUGGCGAUUGCAGAAGCCGAAUUUAGCGCCAAAGAUGCUCAAGUUAAGCUUCUCGAGGCCGACAACGAUCGCUGGAAGCAAAGAACACAAUCAAUUCUCGAGAAGUAUGAGAGGAUCGAUCCCGAUGAACUACGAAAGCUUCAGAGCCAAGCUGCCUCCGCAGAACAGGCCAUUCAGACCUUGGCCACCGAGGCUGCUGCCAAGGAGACAGAAUGGAUGGAGAAAAUCCAAGACAUGUCCGCCAAGGUUGAAUCUGGCAAGACAGAAGUAGAGGCGCAGCAAGAGAAGUUCCUCAGGCUCAACGAGCAAGCUCGUCUUCGCAUCUCAACCGAGCGCAAGGCCGCGAAAGCUCUCAUUGCUCAGUCUGAUGAUCUGCGAACACAGCUUGCUGCGCUGACAGCUGAGGUGACGGACCUCAAGGCACAGCUUGAAACUUCUAGGGCCUCAGAAUCUAGUGCUGCCAAGACCGAUGCCUCGCAGGCUCAACGCUUAAUUGAUCUGCAAAUCAAGCUAGACGAAAGUGAAGCAAAACUUGCUGAAGUACAGCCCCAGCUACAGGCUCUCGCCAAAUCGCAAGCAGAGAACAGUGACAUCAAGGCCUCAUCGGAUUAUAAAGCGCUUGUCGACGAGCUGCAGACCUGCAAAGCUAAAUUUCAAGAAGAAGCGGCGUCUCAUCGGAAAGAGAUUGAAGAGCUCAAAUCAUCACUUCAAUCAAAAAUUCAGCUGCCAACUGAAGUUGGGCCGCAAUCGGUUGCAUCGGCUGAACAAAUUGAAGAGCAGGUCCAGCAGCGCUUGUCCGUUUUGCUUGCUGGGCAAGCGGCUUCGCCACCGAAUGUCUCCGAAGAGGACAUACAAAAACGCAUUGACGAGGCACUAACCGAGGAACGAGCGAAGAAAGGUACAGCUAUUCCUACAGAAGAAAUUAUACAAGCAAAGGUCAAAGAGGCUCUAGAUGCACAAGCAAUGGCUGCCUCCAGCAAUGGCGCCAUCAACGAUGAUGAACUUGCAACCAAAAUACAAGUUGCCGUAGCCGCGAAAGAGGCAGAGCUCAGGGAGGCCUUUGUGAUCGAAAAGAAGGAAGCUUUGACCAAGAUCACCAAAAAGCGCGUUGACGAGAUUGUCCAAGCGCGGCUACCCAAAAAGGUGGAAGAGCAGAGGCUACUGUGGCAGCAGAAUGCGGAAGCCGAGAAGCAGGAGGCAAUUGCAAAGAAGGAAGCUGAAGCGAAGAGCACCUUGGUCGCCAAAGAAGCUGAAUUCAAAGACAAACUGAGCAAGCUAGACGAAAGUAUCAAGAAGGAAGGCGAAAUGCGUGUCAAGUUACAGAUUGGCGCCAAGGACCGGCAGAUCUCUACAUUGAAUGCCAAAGUGGCCGAAUUGGAGAAGCAAUUGGCCGAGAUGGAGUCUGACGAGGACGAGGCCGACAAUGGAGACGAGACAGCCUUGGAUGGGGAAAGUGCAGCGGACGGAACGGCGGAGCUGGGGCAAGAAGGGUCGGGUAGGAAGAAGCGUCGAUCCCUCAAGCCAGGUCGCGGUCGCGGCCAUCAUCAAGGAGUCAAACGAGCGCGAGAAGACGCUGGUAGUAAUGGUUCUCCAGCAAAGAAGGCUGCGUAGGAUGUAAUGGAAAGCUAUUUGAUGUUCUAUCAGUUGUGUACUCUUCCUUUGCCAAAAUUGUCGCGUAUCCAAUCGUAAAAACCGUAAACGCCAUCGUUGCGCUCGUA